AUGUCAAGCCUGCCCAUGUAUCGCCGCGAGGCCGACAGUCUCGAGUCCGCUUCUCUCGUCAAGGGAGAUGAGCGGCUUUCGUUCGAGCAGCCGCCCACCGUUCCAGCCUACCCGCCUUCCGCGCCGGUGGCCGGAACAGGCACCUCGACCAUCAUCACAUACACCUUUGUACCUCGGUGGCCCAUCAAGGGCUCUAAGCAGCAUGCUAUCGGCCCCCUCGGGCACAGCAAAGAACGCGGGAUCUACUCCUUAUCCAAAUAUCACCCAGAUCAAAUCGAGAUUCUGGCACCGAUUAACCCUCUCCACACGCAUCUGGAUGCUCAUGAGUGGGGCAUCGUGAUGGCUGAGGCUUGGGCCAGCUUUCACAAUUCGCCACCCAAGGGUCUCAAGGUGCAGAUCAGGGACGAGCCAGGCAAUGAGGCUGCGAGCGAUUUGAUCUGCUCGGAGGGCGACAAGGCUCCAGCCCAUCAGCCGAGAACGACCUCCAUUCUCGACUCGGCACUAGCUGUCCACCAGCUUUGUGCAGGACACUCCGCUGCGACUCGGUGGAACGGUUUCCGAGCUUCGGACGCCGAAGUCCGAACCUGGCAGAGCGGAGCCCCCAGGCACUACCUCCACAUGCGACAGCUCCGAUUCCCGUUAAGGUAUGCGAGAUGGGCGAUUUUACAGAGCAGUCACGACGCUUGUAUCCGCUUCCAUUUCGCUCAAAUGGGAUCACGUUGUACUGCCCACCUCAUCACAAUCUCAUGCGCUCCGAAUGAGCACUUGAGACAUGUCGAAAUUGCCAAAGUACCGCCGAGUGGCCGCCGCUGA